AUGGCCGCCGCCAUCGCUCGUGGUGGAGGUGGAAGUGGAGGAGGUGGUAGUGGAGGAUGUGGUUCCCGUGGCGGAGGAGGUGGUUCGCGUGGAGGAGGGUUUGUACUCCGCAGCGGAGCAGGCGCAGGCGUAGGAGCAGGUGAAGAAUCUUCCUCUCAGGAGCACAGGAGGAAUGGUUCAAGUUCAAGCAUGGCUGGUGGAUGCAAGAGUUUGCUACUGUCUCUAAUUCUUGCCAUCUUUGUCACAAGCAUACUCUCAAGUCUCAACAUUGUGUAG